AGAAGUGAGCCUGGGACAAGUGGGAAAUAUGACCUGGGCCAGCGUUUUACCUUCUUUGGCUUAAUGGAAAUGUAUUGUCGGGAAUUGACCGAGAGAUUUGAGGAUGUUUGGAUAGUUUCUGGACCUCUGACCUUGCCUCAAACAAAUGCAGAUGGAAAGAAGAGUGUUACUUAUCAGGUAAUUGGAAAGGAUGAUGUAGCUGUGCCAUCCCACCUAUACAAGGUGAUCCUUGCCAGACGGAGCAGAAGGUCCACAGAGCCCUUGGUACUGGGAGCUUUUGUGGUGCCAAACAAUCCCAUAGGCUUCAGUCACCAGCUGACGGAGUUCCAAGUGGACAUUGAAGAUCUGGAAAAAAUGUCAGGUUUAGUUUUCUUCCCCCAAGUGGACAAAACCAAAGAUGUUAAAAACAUCUGUGAGGUGGAUACCUGCAAACUGAUGGGCUUCAAGGAGUUUACGUUGUACAUCACUGCUCGAAAAGUGCAGAGUGCCCGUACAUUACACCGGUUGGAGAAAGCCAUGUCAGAGUUAAGCGAGGCAGGAAUUGAGCCUGAUGAAUAUCUUCUAGAGCUUCACAAGAAGAAGGAAGAAGAACUGCUCCGGGAAAAACAAGUAGCAGCUGGAGAGGGGAAAGCUGGCUGAGUGCUUGUUCGGGAAGAAGUUUGGGGUUUUGUACUUUGAAAGGGAACCUGAAGGCAAACACGAAGACAAGGGCUCUAUGAAUUAUCCUUUUUUGAAUUGUGAAAACAAUAAAGAAACAUUUGGA